GUUUUGCGCGUGCGCAGUGACUGCCGUUGGCGACGAGCCCAGGAGGCGGCCGGUUCCUUCCCCUCCCGUGGCCGGCAAUGGUGACGGUUUGAAGUGGGGCAACGGUCAGUCAGUGCGCUCUUCAAUCACUCAGCUGCGAUGGAGGCGCUGAUUCCCGUCAUUAACAAGCUGCAGGAGGUGUUUAACACGGUCGGGGCCGAUAUUAUCCAGCUGCCGCAGAUUGUGGUGGUGGGGACACAGAGCAGCGGAAAAAGCUCAGUACUGGAGAGUCUGGUAGGUAAGGACUUGCUCCCCAGAGGCACUGGUAUUGUCACUCGAAGGCCGUUAAUACUGCAGCUAGUGAAUGUUUCCCCUGAGGACCAGCGGAAAGGAGCAGGCGAUGAUGACGACACAGCCAUGUGGAAAAAUUAUGGCCAGCUUCACAAAGGAAUUGAUGCAGAAGAAUGGGGAAAAUUUCUUCACACAAAACACAAGCUCUACACUGACUUUGAUGAAAUAAGGCAAGAAAUAGAAAAUGAGACAGAAAGAGUUUCUGGUGGCAAUAAGGGUAUUAGUAUUGAACCAAUUCACCUCAGGAUCUUCUCACCGCAUGUGGUUAAUUUAACACUUGUCGAUCUUCCUGGAAUGACAAAGGUACCUGUGGGUGAUCAACCCCGAGACAUAGAAGUGCAGAUAAAAGACCUGAUACUACGCUACAUCAGCAAUCCAAACUCAAUCAUCUUAUCUGUCACUGCUGCCAAUACUGACAUGGCAACCUCUGAGUCACUUAAAAUUGCCAGGGAAGCAGAUCCAGAAGGACGGCGAACGCUUGCUGUUAUCACGAAACUGGAUCUUAUGGAUGCUGGCACUGAUGCUAUGGACGUGCUUAUGGGAAGAGUUAUUCCAGUCAAAUUGGGUAUCAUUGGAAUUGUCAGCAGGAGUCAGCUAGAUAUCAACAAUAAGAAAACUGUAGCAGAUGCUUUAAAGGAUGAGCAUGCUUUUUUACAGAAGAAAUACCCUUCUCUUGCUAACAGAAAUGGAACCAAGUAUUUGGCCAAAACGUUGAAUAGAUUGCUAAUGCACCAUAUCCGAGAUUGCUUACCAGAACUUAAGACCAGAAUAAAUGUCCUUGCUGCUCAGUAUCAGUCUUUACUGAACAGCUACGGUGAACCAGUGGGGGACAAGAGUGCAACAUUGCUGCAGCUCAUCACCAAGUUUGCAGCCGAGUAUUGCCACACAAUUGAGGGAACAGCAAAAUAUAUUGAAACUUCAGAACUUUGUGGUGGAGCGCGAAUAUGCUACAUUUUUCAUGAAACUUUCGGACGUACUUUAGAAUCAGUGGAUGCGUUAGGUGGUCUCAACACUAUUGACAUUCUCACUGCAAUUAGAAAUGCCACUGGUCCACGUCCAGCACUUUUUGUCCCUGAAAUCUCUUUUGAGUUGUUAGUGAAACGACAAAUCAAACGCUUGGAGGAGCCCAGUUUAAGAUGUGUUGAAUUGGUCCAUGAGGAAAUGCAGAGGAUUAUACAGCACUGCAGCACAUACAGUACGCAGGAAUUGCUCCGAUUUCCAAAACUCCAUGAUGCCAUAGUCGAGGUUGUGACGUCGUUGUUGCGCAGGAGAUUACCUGUUACUAAUGAUAUGGUCCACAAUCUAGUAGCCAUUGAACUUGCGUACAUCAAUACAAAACACCCUGACUUUGCAGAUGCCUGUGGUGUUUUGAACAGUAACAUAGAGGAGCAAAGACGUAACCGCUUAGCAAGGGAGCUGGGCUCUGGUCUGCCUCGAGACAAGUCUUCUAAAGCUCCCAGUACUGUGUCUGCCCCUCCCCAGGAGACGUCUGUUGUUGCUUCUGCUGAGUUUGAGGGAAAGGUUUCAGGGAAAGAAGUUCAAAUACAGAAUGGAAAUCCAGAUAGUGUAUCAACUGGCAACUGGAGAGGAAUGUUGAAACCAUCUACUGCAAAGCCAGAAGAAGGAUCUUCUGAAGAAAAACCUAAACAUCCAGGUCCUGGGAGUCCGCAUAGGGGACCAUCAGUAAAUUUCCUUGAUGUGCGUGUUCCUGUCUCACGUAAACUUUCAGCACGGGAGCAACGAGAUUGUGAAGUUAUUGAACGACUCAUCAAAUCCUACUUCCUUAUUGUGAGAAAAAAUAUCCAGGACAGUGUGCCAAAGGCUGUGAUGAAUUUCCUAGUCAAUUAUGUGAAGGAUAAUCUUCAAAGUGAAUUGGUUGGUCAACUCUACAAAUCAAUGCUGCUGGAAGAUCUUCUUACAGAAUCAGAGGAUAUGGCCCAACGCAGGAAGGAGGCUGCAGACAUGCUAAAGGCCUUACAACGAGCUAGUCAGGUUAUUGCAGAAAUACGGGAAACACACCUGUGGUGAACCUGUUGGCAACACAUCCUAGCCGUUACCUUGGAUGGAUGCAUCAUCUACUUGAAUGCUGCUGAAUUGAAAAGUGCACUGUUCAUUUGCUUACUGUGUAAAAAUGUAUUUAUGAACUUUCAGCUGUGGUACUGUGACGAAAACUACAGAAAUUCAACAUCGUAAAUGUCAAGUCCUUAAUGUAGUAUUUCUUACUGAGCUUGUGUAAUAUUUGCUUCAUAGUUCUGUGUGGUAGAAAGCACAAUGUAAGUUUAAAUUGGAAAUAGAAAUCUUUGGAAUCACAAAAUCCACUGAUCUUGCCUCCAUUCCAGCUUUUUGAUCUCUCUGCAAUGUUUGCUCAUUACGUUGGCAUUUAAGGAUAUUCAGUACAUAAGAGUUUAAAAGAAAUAAUAUUUUGCAUUAGCCAUUUUUGCCUAUAAAUCACGUGAAGUCACCACGUAAUCUGCAGAAAUGUUCCAUUAGGUGUAUGAGAGAUCUUUUUACAGAUUUCUAGGUGUCCAUGUUGUCAAGAGCACAUGGCCAAGGACCAAAUAUUUACAUGUGAAAAUUUCUUUCUGGUCUGCAUAAGUUGCCACCUUUUGGAUUUAGUAAAUUCUAGUAUAAUUCUACCAUGUAGUUCAUGAAGCAGGCCAAAUUAUAACAAAAAUGAAGACUUAUGAAUGAGUGAGAACUGUGCUGAGACAGUCAGCUGCACACUAAGGCUUGUCUGAGCAGGAGAUGUUGAAAGCAAGUUAGCAUGAUUGACUGAUUCUGAGAGGACAAAGUAGUAAGUGACAGGGAACCCUUCAGACCUAAUGCAAGUGAAUUUAGGCUGUUAUAUCCCUACUGGGCUGGGUGUGGAUGUUGAAGCGGGGAACUUCUGUGACAAUCAUUUCUGAAUGAAUAUGGUCAUGAUGUAAGAAUUUAUGCUUAUAAAUACAUGAAAAGAAAAAUUUGCUGUUCUAUAGAUCAGUGACGGUAUCACAGAAGAACAAGAAUUAGCUAUACCCUUUUCCCAACUCAAAUCAGAAAUAAUUACUCAUACAUUGUUUCUUUUAUAGCUGGCUUCCAGACUUGAGCUCCCAUUCUUAGAUAAUACAAUACACUUGGUAGAAAUGGCUAUUUCAUCUCUCAAUUCUUUAGGCCUUCACUUACCACUUAGUGCUAAAUGCAUUUACAUUACUAAGUGAUAAAUUUCUAUUUAAUAUUUUGCAAUUUGAUUGAGGACUUUUGGGAAAAACUCCUUUGUUACAAUUUUUUCCCGAUUUCUUUCAUUCUUCAUCUUUUGAAAAAGAAAUUGAAAUAAAUGUUAGGAGUCAAGAAAUGACCAAUUCCGUUCCAAGCACGAAUAAUGCUGGGAUAGUUCCCAGCUUCUACUGGUUGUUAGAAAAACAUAACUAUUUGUGCUGUGUGCUGGACAUGAGCACUUGCAGCAGUGUCAAUUUGUUUAGGAGUACCCACGGGCUUGUUUUAUCUCUUCUGUAGAUAAUCAUUCUAAAAGAAACAACAAAAAUGAUGCAGAAUGCUGACUAACACAAUAGAAAAGGAAGAAACAUGUAUCAGCUCAUCAUGUUCCAGAAUUGGAUAUAGCUGAUUUCAAUGGAAUGACUUGGAGACUGCCCAUAGUAAAUGGGGAAAAUCUGUUAAUUGGUAAAUGAUUUUUUUUAAAUCAAAGGCGUUCAAAAAAGAAUUAAAUGUGAUAUGGUUUAUGUCGCUAAAGGGCAAAGGCUGUAUUUACUAUAAAUGCCACAAAGAGGUAGGGGGACCACAUAAAAAUGCAAAACAGCUUCUGGUGCAGAGGAAAUUCAUAAAGAAUAGCAAAGGGUGCCAAGAUCAAAAGAGCUGCAAGCAGGAAAUAUAAAAAGAAACUUGCAAUAGGAUUUCAAAAUUCGAGCAGAAAAUUUCAAUUUAGGUUCCUUAAAUUGUGAUAUUGUAAGUUAAAAUUUUAAAACGGCAGGUAUGUUUGAAAAAUUACUUUUCAUUGGUAUUUACAGUAAGGAAAGAGAAGAAUAUGUCACAUAACCCAAAGCAACUAACCUGAAAUGGGGAUGCAGAAUAAUUGACAUUUGCAAAUAAAUAUAAUGAAGAAGAUAAAGCUUCAAAGAGGGACAGACUUGCAAGACCAAAUAGUUUCCAUACAAGGAUUUCAAAGCAAGGUGAGAACUUGCAGAUGCCUUAUUUAUAGUCUUCCAAAAUACUCUUGAGGAACCACGACUUUAGUUUGGGAAGAUUGUACAUGUCACUCUCCAAUAGGAGAUGAGAGGCAAAUGUAAAGAAUUCUAGGACAGUUCACUUGAUAUCUAACAGCACCACAUUUAACACCAGGAAAUGACUAGGGUCUAUAGUUUCGGAUAGAGUGACUGCUUUGAAAUUUUCAGCUGAUCAGAGAGAGAGGGAACAUAGAUUUUUAAAGGAUAGAUCGUAUCCAAUGAUCCACUUGGAACUGUUGGAAGAAGUGACUGAUGUAAUAGGAGAAUGUUAAUGCAUGACAUUUGAGAAGAAUUUGAUAAAAGUUUUUCAUAAGAGUCCUUGAGGUAAAACUAAAGCUUAUGAAAUAGAAAUUAUUAACCUGAUUGGGAAAGAUGUUGAAAUGUAGAAAAUAGUGAAUAAGAAUAAAAUGCAGAUACUUUUUAAUUGUUUCACCAGCAACUGUUAGAGCCUCAACUAUUCACUAUUUAUUAAUGUCCUAGAUGCUAGAAUAAAAAACUAUACACCCAAAUUUGCUGAUUACACAACGCCAGGCAGAAUUCUACAUAGUGAGGAUGAAACCAUAAAGUUAGAAAAAUAUAUUAAUAGAUUAAAUGAAUGGAUAAAACUGUGGCAAAUGGAUUUCAAUUUAACUAAAUAUGAGAUCAUUCACUGUGGAUCUAAAAAGCAAUAUAACAGGGUACUUUCGAGAUGGUGAAUGUUAACAGUGAAGCUUCAAGGAGUUCCAUACAUAAAAUUAAUCAAAAUGUGCUAAACAGUUGCAGGUAACAGGUAAAGAAAAUAUUUAAAAGAGCUAUUAUAAUGCUGACCUCUACAAAACUGAAAUAUAACAUUAUUACUAUUGGACUUGGAGUUCGGUGUAGAUUUACUGGAAUGAAAUCCAGAUUCCAAAGGUUAAAUGCUGAAGAGAGAUUACACAAAGUAAGGUUUAUUCUCUGAAAUUCUGAAUUUCAAAGGUUGGUUUGAUAAUGUUUUCAGGAUAUUAAGGGGAUCUGAUACAAUAUAUAGAGACUUUUUUGCUCGCUUGGAGGUACCCAAGAAUAUUAAAAUAUAGAACUAUGUCUGUCAGGGGAGAUGUUAGACAAUACUUGCACACUCAGAAGUGUUAGAAAUUUAGAACACUUCUAGCCAACGUUUGAUGCUGGAUUGAUUGCUAAUUUUAAAUCUGAGAAUUUUGUUAACCAAAGAUAUUUAAGGAUAUUGGACAAUAGGUGGGUGUGUGGGAUUGGGUCACAGAUCAGCCAUGAUCUCAUUGAGUGACAUAAAAAGAGCUAACUUGUUUACACAAUUCUAUCUUCCUACGGUGAGGCUUUGCCUUGUUUGUAUUAUUGGUUUGAGCUGGGGGACCAGGCCAAGAGAAUGGAUAAUCCAAUGCUUAACUUCACAAUGUAUCGACUGAAACUAUUUGUAAGGAGCAGAUAGUUACAGAGAAACAAAAAAAUCUGGUUAACUAAAUACUUUCAAGAAGUAACAGUGGAGAUGACAUCUCAUCUUAGAACAACAAGCAAAUGAAUGUCAUAGUUAAACCUGAUAUUUUUAUGAGGAAGAGGGCCAGAGAAAUUUGACUGAGAGUCAACAGCUUUUAUAUUGCAAGGAGGAACUAAGACAUAGCUCAAAAAUGCUUUUAAACAAGAUUCGAACCUGAAACAAAGCAAGAUUUAAAAUAAAAUUAGAAAUAAGAUCCACUUACUGGUAAAAUUGUCUCUAUCUGAAUUAUGGGUCAAAAGUUUAACCUGGAUGAUCAGUUAAGCUUAGUGGCAUGAUUCAUAGUUCCCUUUUUCUUGUGAUUUACAGUUUGUAUGUUUGAUUCAGUUAAUGGUGUUUGAAUUAAUGUGCAGUAGUCUGAAGCAAAGUUUCAGGUUGGUGAAUAAAUGUCUUAUAAUUCUGGUAAACAUAAUGUCAAAGAUACAGGAAAAUGAAAUAGCAAUUUGAAGUAACAAGCUGAACUUGAGACUAGAAAACUCAAUUCAUGUAUUUCUAGAAAUAAAUAUUGUUUGCAAUUCAGUAGAGAUGAUAUCUGACAGAUUACUCCUAUGUUUUACAAACAAUUAUAAGAUUGUGAUACACUUAAGUUGUGAUGUGCCAUUUUUAUAAUUCAGGAAAGUGCUGACUCAAAACAUCCAGUGGUGAGAAUUACGUUAUAUUCUUCCAGAAACACACCUUUUCUAACUGGAAAUAUGUUGGUCUUCAAGUGGCUGUUGAAGUGACAAAACCAGUCUUAUUGUGUAAUGGUUUUCUGGUGUCUUUAUUUACUAUGAGAGAUGACUUGAAGCCAAAUGGAUGAAAAUGAGAGUGUAAAACAAUUUUUUUCUCGUUUCGCUGUUUUUCUCUGUAGUAGCAUUAUUUUCAAGAACAUUGUUUUUCACAGAACAAGUGAAUAGAAUCAUAUAUUUCAGUACCUAAAACCAUGCCACAAAAUAAUUUGAUUUAUUGGACUACCAUUGUAAAGUAUGCAGUUUUGCCAAGAUUGCAGCUGACUGAGAGUCGAUACCUACACUAACAUUAAGUCAGCACAGGUCAGGGAUUGAAGCUGUCAUCUGUCUGCCUGGACAUAUGACUUAAUUAUUUCAAUGCUUGCAAUUAUAUUUUAACACGUAGACUUAGAGGAACCACAGAGUCUACUAACAUGGCCACAAUAUGAAUAUUACUUCCUUGAGUUAAAAAUCUCACAACACCAGGUUAUAGUCCAACAAGUUUAUUUGGAAGUACAAGCUUUUGGAGUGCUGCUCCAUCGUCAAGCACCUCCACAUCAUUACUUACUUAUCUCAGUUACUCCAUCGUCAGGCACCUCCACAUCAUUACUUACUUAUCUCAGUUUUUGGCCACUGAAUAAAAUAAUUGCAUGAAUUAUGGCCUUUUUUAUUGGUUCACUGUAGUAUUUCCAUCAUUUCCAUUUGUGAAUGUAGUGUUUCCUUUUGCUUUUGAUUGAAUAUAUAUUGGAUGAAAAGUUUUUGUUCACUCAUGUCAAGCAUAUAUAAUUUCAUUCACCAAGGUAUGUGUGCAGUAAGUUGUAUAUCCCCCUUACAGUGGGCUAUUUACUAUUGGAUAGCCUUAUAUCUCAUGGUUAACUAUAAGUUUAAAGUAUAAAUCCUGCAUCCUGUAUGUUUGAAUCAUGUACGAAUCCCUUGCAUUUGAAACAUACUAAUGUGCAGUUUGUUUUUUGUAUGUCACGUGCACCCAACUACCUCUACAGUCAUUGUCCAUUUCUGAUAAUUUCACUUGAUUUUCAUCUUUUAAGACACACAAACUCAAUAAAAUUGAAUUAGCAUUGGUAAAGAUUA